CGCGUUGAAAUUCGAACCAAAAUCGAAUUAUUCAGUGAAGAUAAGAGACAUUCCUCCAUUAAGUGAAAUGACGAUGUCUUUGUUCGUCAAAUUUCCAAAUUCUGGCAUUUCGGAGAACCGAGGAACAAUUUUCUCAUUGAAAUUCGAAGAUAAAUAUUCUUAUGUACCUGAAGGAUUUGCUCUCAGUGACUUUCCAUACGUGAGAUUGGUAGCAUUCAAAAGGAUUUUUACUAUAACUUACGCAGAGAGUGAUUUUUGGCACUCUUUCGUUCUGAUGUGGGAUGGAAUGAUCGGUAAAAUAUACGUUUAUUGGGAUGGAACUGAAGUGACGAAAGACAAAACAUUCCAAUCGAAACGAAUUACUAAGUUAAACAGCAGUUUGGCUCUCGGUCAAAAUCUAAUUGGUAGAGGAGAGUCAGAACCAUUCGUGGGAGCAAUAUCGCAGGUAAAUAUAUGGGACACAAUGCUUCCAAAAGAUUUUGUACGGAAAAAGCGAUGUGGACUAAAGGGCAAUGUCCUUUCGUGGGAUGCCGUUCAGUCAAAUGUUUACGGGGAUGUAGGCAUAGAACAGUAUGUGGAUCUAUGUAAAGGAAAACUUUGCAAUACAACCGAAUGUUAUUGUUACAAACAAAAUUUGGCGGAAUAUGAAACAUGUUUAAGGCAUUUGGAUUCGUGUAUUUCGUUUUUAUGUUUACAUGGAAAAUGUACAAAUGGAAAACUGUGCGAAUGUCGCAAAGGUUUCUAUGGAAAGUUUUGCCAAUACUAUGAAAACAAAUGCUUAAUAAAUAAUGGAGGAUGCAGUCAUUCCUGCAAAAGUUCAUUUGGGAACGUGACUUGUACGUGUCCACCGAAGAUGAAGUUAUUAAGUGAUGAAAAAACGUGCACAGAAACAGAAAGAUGCGUGAUAGGAAAUAGGAUUUAUGCGAAUGGAGAUACAUGGAGUGAAAAAUGCCAAAGGUGUCGAUGUAACUUAACCGUUAUAAAAUGUUUCAAUACAUCUUGUCCGACAUUGAAUUGUCGCAAAAAUGAAUUAAGGAUACAAGAACCCGGGACAUGCUGUGCCAUGUGUAUCUCAAAUUCACGCUACUGUGGUAUCAACAAUAACAAGUUCGUAACAUUCGAUUUGGUGUCAUUUACUCACAAAGGAAUGUGCCAGUAUGCGCUUCUACACGAUUGCUUUGAAGGACAGUUCAGCAUUAGAUACGAAAAAUCGGGAAGUAACACCACACAAAACGAUUUCAUCAUUAUUGCUAAUUGUGCAAAGUUGAGGAUCACCGCAGAGGGCACAUGUAUCAUUGACGACGAAAGAAUAGAAAUUCCAUACGCCAUAAAUACUAACAUACGAAUUAUCAGAGAUAAAUUGGAUAAUUCUUUAACAAUUUCGACUAAAUCGUACGUCACCUUCAUUUGGUACUCAUCUACGAAGGUUAAAAUAUUUAUAAACCAAGAACGGAAAGCGAAAGUUUGUGGAUUGUGUGGGAAUUUUAACGACGUCAAAGAGGAUGAUCGCGCAACUCUACCUUCAAAACUGAUCUGGCCAUCCACUUACAAUAAGGAGAAAUGUGGAAAAAUCCUGACAGUGGAUAAUCGAACAGAACUGCCCACGGGACAUGGACAAGAUUACACGCAGGAAUCAGAUUACUAUGACUACGUAACAAAGAAACCUGAUAGUAAUAUCGACGAAGUUGUCGAUAAGCUCAUGAAACCACUUAAAAUUAUAGUUUUCUGCUUCACAGUCGCAGGAUAUUUAUUUGUAAUUUUAUUAUUUCUAUUUUUAUUAUAUAAAGAGAAACAAAAUGUCGAUUUGAUAGAGUGAAGAAAUAUAGGGCUAAACAAAAUUAAAAUAAUACUAAAUUUAUUUCUUCUUUUUUUGUGACUUUUUUGUAAAGUUAUCAUCGUGGUGCACAUAUGAUUAUGUGGUUCUUGCAUGAUACGUCUACUAUUGUGCGUGAAAUAACACACACCCACACAUACAUACAUACAUACAUACAUACAUAUAUAGUAUACAAAUGAUCAUGAAGAUCACAUAUAACUAGGAGAAAGUCACUUGUAUAAUAUACAGAUAAGACACUAGGCAUAUUAAAUAAUACAAAUUCGUUUUUUUUUUACUACUGGGUGCAUUAAUAGACACAAGGCAUUUUACAUCAUCUUUAUUAAUCUUCCUUAGGCCGAUACGCGUCUCGCAUAAGGCCCCUCAUCCGUCGGUAUUACAACCGGAAUUUUCUUUAGGUUGCGUUGUUACAUACAGGGUUCCUACGCACCUGGAAAGUCAGGGAUUUUCAUUAGUGUUUGGAAAAAGUCAGGAAAUUUGUCGAAAAUUGUCAAAAAG